AUGGCCGAAUCGUCGCUGCAGGAUCGCCUGCGCGAUCAUGCGAAAGCAUUCGAUGGACUCUUGUCCCUGAUCCCAGCAAAGAUGUAUUACGGCGAUGACAACUCUGACCAAUGGAAGAAAAAGAAGCAGACCAAGGCACAGGCUGCCGAGGCGCGCCGGAACAAGCUCGACCCCGACAGCAAAUUGAACCGCAGCGUCAAGGAAGUCAUGGAAGAACAAGCCCAGAAGAAGCGCAAGCGGGACCAAGGCUUGGCCGACUCCUCAGAUGAGUGGUCCGACGUCGAUGGCAUUGAGGCUGAGAAGCCCGCCGAGGGCAUGAAGAAGAAGAAGCUCAAGGUGGAAGAGCCAGAGCCCGAAUUGACCGAGCAGGAACGCCGAAAGGCCGAGAAGAGAGAGGCCAGGAAAGAGCGUAAAGCCGAGAGACAAGCCCUGCGAGAAGAGGAGGCUGCCUAUGAGAAGAGAAACGUCAAGUCGGGCGUGAACAAGAUCAAGCUGGGUCCGCGAGAGUCAAAGCCUGCUUCCGGCAAGUCAAGUGAGCCCGCCCAAAAUGCGCCGACUGAUGAUCUGCAAGAGCUGGAGGAGGACGAAGCUGAUGAUAUUGACGAUAAGUCGGAGGACGCGGAGGAUCUCGACAUGGCCAGCGCGGCCGACGAGGAGGACAGUGAGGACCAGUCCGACUCUGCUUCUGCACCCCCCUCGGUGCCCGAGUCCCCCGUCUUCGAUAUGAACGGCACACCGAUCGAUUCCACCGGCCAGCCACCCAGUACAUCCACAUCCAUCUCCUCCACGGUGCCACCGUCUGAGAAGCCCAAGCACAUCAAAAUCCCUAGUGACACGACUGCCCUGCGCGAACGUCUUGCUGCCAAAAUCCAAGCCCUCCGUGACGCUCGCAAAGCCGAUGGCCCAGAUGGCAAGCCCAUUCGCACUCGUCAGGAGUUGAUCGAGUCGAGGAGACAGAAGCAAGCCGAGCGGAAAGCCCACAAGAAGGAGGCCAGGAAGAAGGCGUACGAGGAGGAAACUCGCAAGCGGGAGGAGGCGCUGGCGUCGGCUCGUAACUCUCCUGGCAGCAUCCUUAGUCCGGCUGUUGAUCUGGCAGACACCAACUUCACGUUUGGCCGAGUAGCCUUUGGUGACGGCGCACAACUUUCUCAUGAUCUGUCGCAUGUGCUCAGCAGCGGCAAGAAGAAGGGUCCAUCCGACCCCAAAACAGCCCUUCUCAAGUUCCAAAACGAGAAGAAACGACUGGAAAAGCUGGACGAAGAGAAGCGCAAGGAUGUCGAGGAGAAAGAAAUGUGGUUGUCAGCAAGGAAAAGAGCCGAGGGUGAGCGGAUUAGAGACGAUGAGAAGCUCCUCAAGAAGGCCGUAAAACGCAAGGAAAUACAGAAGAGUCGAAGCGAAAAGGCCUGGAAAGAGCGAGCCGAGGGAGUGCAAAAAUCCAUCAAGCAGCGGCAACAGAAGCGGGAGGACAACAUCAAGGCUCGCAAAGAGCAGAAGUUGCUGGGUAAGGGUGGGAAUAAGAAGAAGGCCGCCGCAGCCAAGAAGAAGGGCAGAGCUGGCUUCGAAGGCUCCUUUGGUGGAAAAAGGAAAUGA